AUGCGAUUGACUACAGGGUCAACCAAUGUCCACCUCGGCCGGAAGGCCGGUGAAACCAACCAGUCAGUGUCGGGGAUCGCCGUUGGGAAUAGUGCGGGUAGCCUGAACCAGUCUGGUAAUGCCACGGCUAUUGGGAAGGGGGCUGGUCGCAACGAACAGGCCACAAAUUCCAUAGCCGUAGGAUACAGGGCCGAUGAGACGAACCAGAGUGAAAACACAACCGCCGUGGGUCGGGAUGCGGGGCGCGCCAACCAGGGCCAAUACGCACUCCACAGAUACUCCAUCCAUCGCUCCGGAGUUGGUAUUGUAAUAAGCCAGGCCUCCACAUUAGACUCUAUGUUAUAA